AAUAUGGCUAUUGGAAUUAUAAAGAGCAUGGUGCUGAUUGGCAGGGAAUCUGUAGGAGAGGAGAAAAUCAAUCUCCAAUUGACUUGAGUGUUAGCCAUAAAUCGAAUUUGAAUCAUGUAGUACCACAGAUUCAUUUUGAGAACUAUGAUCAUAUUUUUAUUUCUCCAUCAUCGUUGACCAAUAAAGGAUAUACAGUAAGCAUGCAUAUUGGAAAAGGUAAUCACGGUAAAAAUCCCUCAAUAAGUGGAGCUAAUUUCAAGGGGACAUAUAUAGCAGAAGAGCUACAUUUUCACUGGGGAUCAAGUGCAAUUUUCGGAUCGGAGCAUAGGAUAGACGGCAAACGAUUCGAUAUUGAAAUGCAUAUCGUCCAUCGACAUCAAAAGUAUUUGAGCUUGGUUGAGGCUGCAGACUACUCCGAUGGCGUGGCAGUAAUUGGCGUAAUGAUUUCGAUCGUCAGGGAUAAAUAUGAAACUUACCCUGUUUCAAAUGUCGUCAAUCUUUUCGAAAAGCUCGCAUUUAUACAAAAAUAUAAAACCAUCACGUAUCUACCUGAAUAUUUUACUCUUGGUUCAAUGUUAAAGGAUUUAAACACACAAUAUUUUUAUACCUACAUGGGAUCUUUGACCACGCCCAAUUGCAAUGAGAAUGUACAUUGGAUAGUGUUCCAAAAACCAAUACGCGUACCGCCCAAUCCAACAUUUAAACUCUUUCAACUAAAAAACAUUAAGAAAUUGCCUAUAUUGUACAACUUUCGAAAAAUUCAAAAUCUUAAUUCACGAACUAUACGAUUUAGCUUGGAAUUAUUUUGUCAUGAUCAACAAUCCGAAGAGUGUAGUUCCUUAAAAAUAAAAUAGGUCGAUGUAAA